CACACUCUGCUCCCAAGUAGAGCAGUCACGUGGUGCAGUGAACGUGUGUGACGUUUAUGACGGCGAACGCUGCGGUACAGAUCCCGGAAGUAGCUUCUGUCAGGCUAUUGGAGUCCUUUAGACAUGGCGGCGUCCUUCAGUGGGGUGCUGCAGCUCACUGAUCUGGAUGAUUUUAUCGGCCCUUCGCAGGAGUGCAUCAAGCCAAUCAAGGUUGAGAAGAAGGCGGGGAGAGCCACAGCUAAGAUCCAAAUUGAAGAUGAUGGAAGUUACGUUCAGAUUAAUCAAGAAGGAGCUGCCCGGAGGUUGGAGAAAGCAAAGAUCACUCUUAAUGACUGUCUGGCCUGCAGCGGCUGUGUGACAUCAGCAGAAACCAUCCUCAUCACUCAGCAGAGCCACGAGGAGCUCUACAAGAUUCUAAAGCAAAAUAAAGCAGAGGAUCCGUCGGAACACAAAGUGGUGGUGGUUUCUGUGUCCCCACAGUCAUGGGCUUCUCUGGCUGCAAGAUUUAACCUGAGCAUUCAGGACACUGCACAGAAAUUAACUUCAUUCUUCAAACAGUUAGGAGUCCACCAUGUGUUUGACACCACCUUCUCCAGGAACUUCAGCCUGUUGGAGAGUCAGCGAGAGUUUAUACAGAGAUUUAAAAGACAGAAGGAGGAUAAAAAAUCCUUACCCAUGCUGGCAUCGGCCUGCCCAGGCUGGAUCUGUUAUGCUGAGAAAACCCAUGGCAGCUUCAUUCUCCCAUAUAUCAGCAGCACAAAGUCUCCCCAGCAAGUCAUGGGAUCGCUGGUGAAAAGCCAUUUUGCAAAAGAAAAGAGCCUGAAGCCCAACCAGAUCUACCACGUGACAGUCAUGCCUUGUUACGACAAGAAACUGGAGGCCUCUAGGCCGGACUUCUACAAUGAAGAGUAUGAGACCCGGGAUGUAGACUGUGUGAUCACCACUGGGGAGGUGCUGAGGAUGCUGGAACAAGAGGGGCUGUCUUUAUCUGAUGUGGACCCAUCUCCACUCGAUACCUUGUUGAGCAGUGAGGCACAAGAGGAGCCAAAGGGACACCAGGGUGGUGGAUCAGGGGGGUACCUGGAGCAUGUGUUCAGACACGCAGCACACGAGCUCUUUGGUCUUCAUGUGGAUACAAUUGUUUACAAACCCUUAAAGAACAAGGACUUCCAGGAAGUGACUCUUGAAAAAGACGGCGAUGUUGUGUUAAACUUUGCUCUGGCCUACGGCUUCCGGAACAUUCAGAACCUGGUGCAGAAGCUGAAACGCGGCCGCUCCCCGUAUCACUAUGUCGAGGUGAUGGCCUGCCCCUCAGGUUGUUUGAAUGGCGGGGGUCAGAUCAAGGCAGAGGGAGAAGUCGGUAAGGAUUUACUGCAGAGGGUAGAAGAGCUGUACAACUCGAUGAGGAGCGAGCGGCCGGAGGAAUGGAAACAAGUCACACAGAUCUACAGAGAUUGGCUGCAAGGCUGUGAUUCGCCCAGGGCCAGACAAGUUCUGCACACGCAGUACCACGAGGUGGAGAAAAUAAACAGUGGACUGACCAUCAAAUGGUGACGAGGUUAUGGCGGAACAGCACCUUCAUCAUCUCAUGAGGAGCUUGACUCUAAAGGAACAGUUCAGCGUAAAAAUAAAAACUGGGUAAAUAAAUAGGCUGUGCAAAUUAAAACAUAUUUCUAAUAUAGUUAGUUAGUCAAUAAUGU